GGACGAUCGACGUCAUGUUACCAAUGAAGGCAUUCCGAGGCCUCGCAAAGCUUGACUUUUACCACCCAACCUGGCUGCUUCUUUGCCGAUCAGCAAUCUCACCACAACGUUACACAGUAGUCCCGCUGCACACACGGAGCGACAGCCUGAAUCAGGCUCGAUAAGCACAACGAUCAGCACCUUCAAAGCCGCCGACACCCAAGGAAAAAGGCCCCCCGACGUUUUGAGGUCCGGUAAAAGUGACGUCGAUCGCGAAUCACCCCGGAUUACCCCGGAUAAUUCCCUCAUGGCUGGCCUUGGCCGGUCCGAAUUUGGGCUUACACCUGUGUCAUCUCUCGGCUUUUGGAUUUGUCAAGUGCUGAUACUGUAGCCAUGGCCAAGCUUACAGGUGCAGGUCCCUGGCAGCCUGGGCGGACAUCGCUUCGGAUGCCAUGGUGAAAUAUAUAUAUAUAUAUGUAUCAUCUACAGCCAAGCCAUGGCGCCCAGCAUCCAGAAGUUGGCACUUCAACCCAUCUUCCCUUCUCACUUGUCUUGAUGUUCUUGCCAUAAGUUUAUACUCCCAAGUGUCUCCAGUGAGAGACAGAACAACACCCUACCCAAGAUGGCGUCGAACCCAACGAACACCGCGGCCCCUACGGGUGGCCUUACCGAGAAGAAGCAUGACCGCCGUUCAACAUCGUCCGAAUCCGUCUCGGGAACCGGGUUUGCGGAACAUGCAGACCGCACCGGCACUUUUAACCAGAACGCUCGACUAGAGGCUUCAAAAAAGAUAGCGAAUCCUUUGGCCGGUCUAAGCCCUCAGCGUCUCGAGGCCAUGGGAGAAGAAUAUGCAAUGAUGGCCGGUCUCACCAGCGAGGAGGACAUCAGGGCCUUUCGACUCGGAGCCAGAAUCGCCGGCGAUGAGAGCAACUACGACCUCAUCCCGGAGCUUACUGAACGGGAGAAAGAGGUGUUGGUGCGCGAAACAACUCACAAGUGGUCUAACCCACCCAUGCUUUACUGGGUUGUUGUCAUUUGCUCUCUAUGCGCCGCCGUCCAAGGAAUGGACGAGACGGUCGUCAACGGCGCCCAGCUCUUCUACAAGGACAAGUUUGGCAUUGGUACCGAUAGCCAGAGAGACACCUGGCUUCUGGGUCUCGUCAACUCAGCGCCCUACCUUUGCUGUGCCUUGAUCGGCUGCUGGCUCACUGAACCGAUGAACAGAAUCUUUGGCAGACGAGGCACCAUCUUUGUUUCUUGCAUCAUCUCAGCCGUAGCCUGCUUCCACCAGGCCUUUACCAACACGUGGUGGCACAUGUUCAUCGCCCGUUUCUACCUCGGCCUUGGCAUCGGUCCCAAGUCAGCCACCACCCCCAUCUUCGCCGCCGAAUGCUCCCCUCCCAAGCUCCGCGGUGCGCUGGUCAUGCAAUGGCAGAUGUGGACCGCCUUCGGUAUCAUGGUCGGCUACAUUGCCGAUCUCGCUUUCUACUUCGUUCCCGAUCACGGCAUCGGCCUGGGUCUGAACUGGCGUCUGAUGAUGGGCUCCGCCAUGAUCCCCGCCGUCAUCGUCGUCUGCCUCGCCUUCCUCUGCCCGGAGUCGCCCCGUUGGUAUCUCAGCAAGGGCCGACACCAAGACGCCUUCGGGGCGCUCUGCCGCCUGCGUUUCGAAAAGGUCCAAGCCGCCCGCGACCUCUUCUACACCCACACCCUCCUCGAAGCCGAGAAGCAAGCCAUGUCGGGCGUCAAGAAGGGUAACCGCUUUAAGGAGCUCUUCACCGUGCGUCGUAACCGCAACGCGGUCAUUGCCUCGUCGGGACUCAUGUUCAUGCAGCAGUUCUGCGGCGUCAACAUCAUCGCCUACUACUCCUCGGCAGUCUUCCGAGACGCCGGCUUCAGCGACGUCUCAGCACUGGCCGCCUCGCUCGGGUUUGGCGUCGUCAACUGGCUGUUUGCCAUCCCGGCCAUGUACACCAUCGACACUUUCGGCCGGCGCAACCUGCUGCUGACCACCUUCCCGCUCAUGUCCCUCUUCCUCUUCUUUACCGGCUUCAGCUUUUGGAUCCCCGAGGACUCCAAAGCCCACAUCGGCUGCAUCGCGCUAGGCAUUUACUUGUUCGGCAUGGUCUACUCCCCCGGUGAAGGGCCGGUGCCGUUUACUUACUCGGCCGAAGCCUACCCGCUGUACAUCCGGCCAAUCGGCAUGUCCCUCGCCACGGCGACUACCUGGUUCUUCAAUUUCAUUCUUUCCAUCACCUGGCCUAGGAUGGUCACGGCCUUCAAGCCGCAGGGCGCGUUUGGCUGGUAUGCAGGGUGGAAUAUCAUUGGGUUUCUCUUUACCCUGUUCUUGGUCCCCGAGACCAAGGGCAAGACGCUGGAGGAGCUCGAUCACGUGUUUGACGUGCCGUUGAAGAAGUUGGUCAGGUAUGGGGCAGAUCAGAGCUUGUGGUUCUUCCAUAGGGGAAAGAAUGGAAAUGGAAUGAGGCCGACGGCGCCUAGUGCGGAGAUGUAUCAUGGGGAUGCGGAGCGGAUGAACGAGGUGGUUAGCGGGCAGCAGCUUGGGGAGGGUGAGAGGGAGAAGAGGUGGAACAAGGAACAAGAGAGGGAAGGGGGGAUUAUGGGACGAGGGGAUGCUGCUGGGAAGGUGUAGUAGGUUUUGUUUCUGUUUAAGUUGGAGGAUCAAGAAGGAGGAUGGGAUGGUAAUGAUGGACGCCUUAUGCGAUAUGACUCAAGACUCACGAUUCGACUUCUUUGUAUUUAUAUAUCUUCUUCAUUUUUUUUAAGGAUACCAUUUAGACCUUGAGUAUAUGCAGCAAAACUCAAGGCAGCCUUUGCC